AUGGGUACAGAAUAUGAGAAAGAUCACAUCAAAAAGCUGCAGGAGCAGCGAAUGUCCAUGCAAAAAAAAACCUUCACCAACUGGAUGAACAACGUCUUCUUCAGGAACAAUGUAAAGGUUGUGAUAGAGGAUAUUUAUACAGAGCUGAAGGAUGGCAUUUAUCUCAUGCGACUCCUGGAGCUGCUCUCUGGUGAAUCUUUGCCCAGACCAAACAGGGGAAAAAUGAGGGUGCAUUUUUUGGAGAACAACAGCAAAGCCAUUAUGUUCCUGAAAUCAAAGCAGGUGCAAGUAAAAGUGAUUGGCCCUGAGAAUAUUGUAGAUGGUGACAAAACCUUAAUCCUGGGACUUAUCUGGAUCAUUAUACUCCGAUUUCAGAUUUCAUCUAUCAAACUUGAUAAGGAGGAAUUUGGAGGCAGAGCUGAUUUCUUGUUUGCCAAUGAAGCCUUACUAAUCUGGUGUCAGCAUAAAACUGCCAGCUAUUCCAAUGUGAAUGUGAAGGACUUCUCCAAAAGCUGGAGUGAUGGGUUGGCCUUCAAUGCACUCAUUCAUGCUCACAGGCCUGAUCUUAUCCACUACAGUUCCCUGCGGCAGGACCAGCCCAUCAAGAACCUGAACAAUGCCUUCAACGUUGCAGAGAAGGAGCUGGGGAUCAGCAAGCUGCUGGAUGCCGAGGACGUGGCCGUGCCCCACCCAGACGAGAGGUCCAUCAUGACCUACGUGUCACUGUACUACCACUACUUCUCCAGGCUGAAACAAGGCCAGACAAACCAGAAGCGACUUGCCAAAAUUGUGUCCUUCCUGAAGGAGAUAGAUGACUUGAAGCUUCAGUACGAGCAGAUGGUCUCUGACCUCCUGAAAUGGAUUAAACAGAAGGUGAUGGAGCUGGAUGAUCGUCAUUUUCCCAACACUCUUCAGGAAAUGUGGCUGCUCAUGGCCAACUUCAAGACUUUUCGCACUGUGGAGAAGCCCCCGAAAUACCAAGAGAAAGGUGUGAUUGAAGCUCAUCUCUUCAACAUCAGGACCAAGCAGAGAGCCAACAACCAAAGGCCAUACCAGCCUCCAGAAGGGAAGACCCUGCAGGAUGUGGAAAAGCACUGGAUUAUCCUGGAAAAGGCAGAGCACAACCGGGGAAAAGCUCUACAGAAAGAGAUGUUGAGGCUAGAGAGGCUGGAACAGCUAGCUCAGAGGUUCCGGAAGAAGGCAGCCCUGCGUGAGUCCUACUUGGAAGACAUGAAGAAAGUGAUUGGGAAGCAGGACUUCUGGCCAGAGAGCGCAGACAGGAUGGAGGCUGCCAGUAAGAAGCUGGAAGCCAUUGUGGCAGAUGUGUUCCCCAGGAGGGAACGUUUCACAGAUUUGGCUGAAAUGGCUGCAAUCAUCAGCCAGGAGAACUACCAUGACAAGGACCAAAUCAAGAAGAGGCAAGACAGCAUUUCAAAACAGUGGCAAGAUCUUCUGGAUCAGCUGCAGAGACGGCAACACUCUCUGAGGGCAAUGCAGGAAAUUCUGGGCCUCAUGAGGGAUAUUGAUGCCAUUACGGAGGAGCUGAAAGAGUUGCAGGCACUAGUGAAUUCCCAGGAAUAUGGGAAGCAGCUUUUGGAAGUAGUAGAUUUGCUGCAGAAGCAUAACCUGGUUGAGUCACAGAUCUCUUCCUAUGAUGACAGAUUGACAUAUAUCACCCAAAGGGCAGCAGAAAUCAGCAAGGACAAGACAGUUAAACCAGAAGUGCUUUAUGCAAAAGUUCAGAUGCUUCGACAGCUGUAUCAGAACCUUGGAGCUCUGAGCAAGACACGCAAAUCUCAGCUAGAGGAGGCCUUGAAGCUUUUUGAAUUCUUUCGUGACUGCAAGGAAGAAGAAUUAUGGAUCUCAGAGAAAUGGAAGUUAGCUCUGGAAGCAGAGUGCAACUCCCACCGGGCGGUUUGUGCAGACGUAAUGAGGAGGGGCUGGGAGCUGAGCCAGAAGAACCAUGCUCGCAAGGAGGACAUCCUGAGGCAGACGGACAACCUCCAAAAGCUGUGGCAACAGCUCCAAGAUGAAGUGGCUGAUCGCAAAAGACGCCUGCAGGCAGCAGCUCUCAUCAAGCAGUACUUUGCAGACAUUGAUGAAGCAAAUUCAUGGCUGCGAGAAAUACAACCCCUUCUGGCCAGCAAGGACUAUGGGAAAGAUGAAUCCAGCGCCGAAGCGCUGCUGCACCGGCACCUGCGCCUGGAGAAGGAGAUUGCAGCCUACUCCUCGGAGAUGAGGCGCCUGAAGGAGCAAGCGGACGCUGCGGCAGAGCAGGCACCUGCUGCAAUGGUAAAGGCAGAAGCUCCAAGUGACCUAACUCAGAGGACAAAUAAGCUGCCAUUCAGUCGAACUCGGGACACUGUGUUUCCUGGUAGCUCUAAUCAAGAUGUUCAUUUUGUGCCUGAGAACAUCUGGAAGACCCAAGAGGAAAUAGACUCACUUUACGAAAACCUGCAGAGCCUGGCUGAGGACAGAAAGAAGGCUCUGGAGGACAUGAUUGGCUAUUACCGUUUCUGUAGCUCAUGUGAAGAAUUUCAGUCAUGGAUGAAAGAAAAAGAGAACAUUUUCCGGACUCUACAACCUCAAGCAGACAAUGUGGAGGUCAUGCAGCAGAAAUACCAGGUACCCUCUUCACCUGCUCACAGGUGA